AUGGAUAGAAAAGCACAAACCGAACCAGACAAAGGGUGUCCCAGAACUCACUUAUCAACACUUGACCGAGGAUACAAAGAAGAAGCAAUGCUAAUACUCCCUUUAAAAGUAUCUAGAGUGGAGAUAGAGCAAGAAUUCAACAAUGUCUGGGAAAAGAAGCAACAUGAUGACAUGGUUUCUUAUGAAAUGAUUGAGCACCUGAAAGAACUUUAUCAGGGGCAAGCAUGGCAAGAGAGGUUCAAUAUCUCUAGGGCCCUAUUCCAAUGUAAGCUGGCUGAAGGAAGCCCAGUAGGACCUCAUGUCCUUCAGAUGAUUGGCAAUAUUGAGAGCCUGUCUAAGCUUGGGUUUCCAUUAAGCCAAGAGUGGGCCACUAAUGUUAUUCUCCAAUCGUUGCCGGAUAGCUACAGCUAG